AUGGCUCGCUACGGGGAAGUACCACCACUACCCUACUCGUCUGGGCCGGCGCCCCAGCGCCAGCCCACUCGUUCUGGUGGCACCAUGAAACGGAGCAAGACGCUUACAAGGCCCGAACGCCAUGUCGCGCCCGUGCCACUUAUCAACCCCGUCGCACAGACCGCUGGUGUCAACGCGGGUGACCCAGGUGUCGACUGGUGGCGAAUCACUUCGUGGAUCGUGACCUUUUGGGCUCCUGGCCCCCUCUUGGCCGCCUGUGGCAUCAAGGAGAAGAGCUCACAGCAGGCUUGGCGAGAGAAGAUCACCCUGUGCUUCAUUGCCAUUGUUAUGGGUGGCUUUGUGGGCUUCUUCACCAUGGGACUGCAGCGCACGCUCUGCCCGGGUGGAGCGUCCAAUGCUGCCUUCAUCAUUGUGGGCAGUAGGGAAGGCACUCUCUCUGUCAAUGGCUGGAUGUUCGACAUCUCGGACAGCAAGCCCCCCUCGGAACAGGUCGACUUCUUCACCCUCGCGUCCAACAACACGGCCAAAGGUGGCAUGCCAGGACAGGACAUUACGCUGUUAUUCACACGAACCGCCAAAGAUUACCCAGCUUGCACUUCGAGCGACAAGUACGCUUCGACUCCUCUGUGCCCUCCUGCCACCCAGGGGGCCGCGGCGAACGCGACGUCGUGUGCAAUCACCCAGCCCCUCACCCAGCAGACCUUGGACACUUUCCAGAUGAAGAACACGAGCACCUUUGCUGGCUACUCGUGGGAUCAGGUCGCGGCUCUCGACUCGUUCGUCGUCAUUGACGGCCUGGUCCUCAACAUGAUCCCCUACCUUCAAGCCAACCCCAAGCCAACUGGCGACGACGUCGACAAGGUCAUUCGCCAAGCGAUCACCAAUCAGGCAGGCUCUGGCAAGGACAUUACGCGCCAGAUGAACUACAGCGCCAACCUCAAGGCGGCUAUUCCAUGCCUUACGACACGAUACCUCGCUGGACACAUUGACAAGAUUACCCCAGGCUGCUUUGUUGCAAACUUAUUCCUCUACGCCUCGCUCAUUGUCAUUUUAGCCGUUGUCCUGGCCCGUUUCUUCAUGGCCAUCAUCUUCAGCUGGUUCAUCUCUUGGCGCCUGGCUUCCAAGCCCAAGAACGUUGGUGGAGCCGGCAUCAGCCCCAUGGUUAUGCCCGAGGGCGCCAACGUUUCUGUCAACAACCCGAACGGUACCGCGCCUUGGGCAGGCGGACCCCAGAACAACAAGCUCCGCAAGGACGGUUCGUCGCCUCCCAACGGCGCGAUCGCUCCCGUCAUGAGCUUGUCGCGUAUCGGCCACGAGCUCUUCACCGUCUGCCUCGUCACCUGUUACUCUGAGGGAGAGGAGGGUAUCCGCAACACGCUCGAGUCGAUUGCUUCUACAACAUACCCCAACUCGCGCAAGCUGCUGUUCAUUGUCUGUGAUGGCAUGAUCACCGGUGCUGGCGAGAAGAUGAGCACGCCCGACAUUUGUGUCAGCAUGCUUGACGCGGACCCACGCUUUGGCAACCCCCAGCCCAUGGGCUACAUUGCCGUCGGCCAGGGCAGCAAGCGCGAGAACCGUGCAAUGGUCUAUGCUGGGCACUAUGUUACUCAAGCCGGUGGCCGCUGCCCUACGGUUGUCGUUGUCAAGUGUGGUAUGCCCAGCGAAGCCAGCGACAAGAAGCCCGGCAACCGAGGCAAGCGCGACUCGCAGCUCAUCCUCAUGAACUUCUUCUCCCGUGUGACGUACAACGACCGCAUGUGCCCUCUCGACUUUGACCUCUUCCGCAAGCUCCACACGCUCAUGGGAGUCACCCCGGACUUCUUCGAGCUCUGCCUUAUGGUUGACGCCGACACCAAGGUCUUCCCCGACUCGAUGACUUACCUGGUCAACUGCAUGGCAAAGGACAACAUGAUCAUGGGCGCCUGUGGCGAGACGCGUAUCGCCAACAAGCGCCAGUCCUGGGUUACGGCUAUUCAAGUCUACGAGUACUUCAUCUCCCAUCACCACAUCAAGGCCUUCGAGUCGGUGUUUGGUGGUGUCACCUGUCUGCCCGGCUGUUUCUCCAUGUACCGCAUCAAGGCUCGCAAGGACGGCGACGACGACUGGGUGCCAAUCCUCGUCAAGCCAGAGAUUGUUCGCGAGUACAGCCAAUCCGACGUCCACACACUUCACCAGAAGAACCUGCUUCUUCUCGGUGAGGACCGUUUCCUGUCGACCAUUCUGCUCAGAACCUUCCCGAACCGCCACAAUGUGUUCCUGCCCCAGGCUAGGUGCAGAACGAUCGCGCCAGACACCUUCUCAGUCUUGCUUUCGCAGCGUCGUCGCUGGAUCAACUCGACCGUCCACAACCUCAUGGAGCUCGUGCUCGUCCGCAACCUUUGCGGUACCUUCUGCUUCUCCAUGCAGUUUGUCGUGUUCAUGGAUCUCGUCGGCACGGUCGUCUUGCCAAUCGCCAUCACCCUUACCGGAGCCCUCAUCAUCAACUCGUGCAUUACGCCGCCAAAGUCGUUCUCCGAGGCCAUCCCGCUCAUGCUUCUCGCCGCCGUGCUGGGUCUGCCCGCUUUCCUCAUCUUGAUCACGACUCGCAAGGUUGUCUACGUCUUCUGGAUGUUUGCAUACCUGCUCGCCCUUCCAGUCUGGAACUUUAUCCUUCCAGUCUACUCGUUCUGGCACUUUGACGACUUCUCUUGGGGUGAAACCCGAAAGGUCGCUGGCGAAGUUGUCGACAAAUCGGGCCAUGGCGAGUCGGACAAGGCUGCGGUGUUUGACGGCACGACUAUUCCCUUGCGUCGUUGGGAAGACUGGGAGCGCUCUCGUCUUCGCAAGAUUCGACGAGAGGAGAAGCGCCGCAGGCAGAUGGAGAAGAUGCACGGCGCCGGGUUCUACGGCGAGAAUGGCGGCGCCGAGCUCAUGGUGCCUCCUCGCGAGUUUGGCCGCAACGACUACGACUCGGACGCUGGCUCGAUCAUGUCGUCUGAGGAGGAUGUUUGGGGUGGCGACAUUGGCGGCUACAACGAGUACCACCCUUCGUACCCGCCACCACCGACUACGCUCGCGCCUGAGACGCUGCAGGCUGCACCGGUUGUGGGCAUGGACGAGAUGGCUGCGAUUCUCGACCAGGGCUUUGAGGAGCCACCUCCGCAGGCGGCUUGGCGUGCCGAGCGCAACGCGGCCUCCCCUCUGCACCGCACCAACAACCAAUUCGCUCCAGGUGCCCCAGGUGGCCCCGGCUACGGCGGACGCAGCACACCGCCGACACCGCCGCAGUCGAGCGACCAGUACCACGAUGCUUCGACACCUAUUCGUGGGGCGUACGCAGCAGUGCCAGGAGGCUCGCCUACGACGCACGACAGCAUUAGCACUGGUGUCGACGCACGCGGUGCUCUUGGCCACGCCAAGAAACGCUCGGUCAGCGGCGUCGCUCACCCGCUUGCCGAGGACCACGGAGGCUAUGGCAGCCCUGCCCAGCGCGCCCACAGGAUUUAG